CGAUCCUUAUAUAAGAAGAAGAAGAAGAAACUGUCCUCUCCUCUAUGCAACAGAAAAGGCCCCCUACUCAAAAUUACCGAACUACCCCUGAAAUGCUCUUCCCGAUCUCUCUUACCCCGGCAUAAAUUCCGGUACCCCGACCUGAUCGCCCACGCAUGAUCGGCGCCAACUCGCUGCUCGGGACUCCGAAUCUCGGCUCCGGGAUUCCCGCCGGGCGCUGCCGGAUCUUUGCUUUGAUCCGGACGCCCUACGUCGAUCUGAGCUUCCGAUCACGGGCCGUCCGGAUGGAUUUCGUUGCGCGCUGCUUCAAGGCCCCGUUGAGGAAGGAACGCCGUGGGAAGAUUGAGGUGGAGAUGGUGCUGGGCGGCGUGGACGUCUGGGAUGCUACCACGUCAGCGGAGAAGUUCCCGGAGCACCUCGUCGUCAUGGUGAACGGUAUCAUCGGGAGUGCUGAUGACUGGAGAUAUGCUGCAGAGCAGUUUGUGAAGAAGCUACCAGAUAAAGUUAUCGUGCAUCGCAGUGAAUGCAACUCCUCAAGAUUGACUUUUGAUGGUGUUGACUUGAUGGGUGAGAGAUUAGCUGAAGAGGUAUUGUCAGUUGUUAGACGUAGGCCAGGGGUGCAAAAGAUCUCAUUCGUGGCUCACUCAUUGGGUGGCCUAGUGGCCAGGUAUGCUAUUGGAAGGCUUUAUGUACCUAUUCCAGAGAGGGAGGCUUCGGUUAUUAGCGGGAACUACUUGAGUGAAGAGGGCUCAAGUUACUCAACGCAGUGCCUUGAAAAGCAUCAAGAAGGCAGAGUGGCUGGGUUAGAUCCCAUGAACUUCAUAACAUUUGCGACACCCCAUCUGGGUUCAAGAGGGCAUAAACAGCUACCCUUUCUUUGUGGUCUUCCGUUUUUAGAGAGAAGGGCAUCUCAAACUGCACAUUGGAUUGUUGGAAGGACUGGGAAACAUCUCUUCCUCACUGAUAAUGAUGAUGGAAGGCCUCCACUUCUCCUUCGAAUGGUUGAUGACUGUGAUGAGCUUAAAUUCAUGUCAGCUUUACGCUCUUUCCAGCGUCGUGUUGCCUAUGCCAAUGCAAACUUUGACCAUAUGGUAGGUUGGAGAACGUCAUCAAUUCGCCGUCAACAUGAACUCCCAAAGCACCAUCUUCUAGUAAAGGAUGAGAAAUAUCCACAUAUUGUAUAUGUAGAGAGAGAAAAUUCUGACAAGAUCCAUAAUGUAGCAUCUUCCUAUGUUGAAGGCAAAACAACUGAUUUGGAAGAUGCAGAAGAGAUGAUUAGAGGUCUGAAUCAAGUGUCCUGGGAACGUGUGGAUGUUAGCUUUCUCAAAAGUAGACAAAGAUAUACAGCACACAACACCAUCCAGGCAAGGAGCUAUUGGAUGAACUCUGAUGGAGCGGAUGUGGUUUUCCAUAUGAUAGAUAACUUCCUUAUCUAGUUUCUCUACAAAUUUGGUGCGUCAUGCAGUGGCAGGAUGAUAGGUUAGAUUGCUAAUUGCCUGUGUACACUGUAAUGCACGAGUGAUUUUCCUUUAGUGGAUAUCAUGCUAGUAUGUAAAUAAUUAUGCUCGCUGAUGUCAGCUAUUCAUUUUGUGUCAUGUUGAUUAGCUUGCUGUAUCUGUUAAUUGUUAAAAGCAAUUUUAUCUUUAAUCCCCUCAGUUGAUUUGUUA